CAAGUGGGGCUGAGACCUGGGGAGGGGAUUGAGCGAGCAGUCUGGCUCCGCCCCCGCAUUGCCAAGCUCAAGUGUCAGAGCUCGCGUGCCCAGUUCCCGAGGGGGCAGAGGUAGAAGAGGACAGCCACACAGGGGGCUGCGAGAGGGAAAGAGAUCAAAGCGAAGAAGGGAGAAGAAGGAGAGAGAGCAGUGAGGAAAGCUGGAAGGAGUGAGUGAAAAGACGAAGAGAGCGAUACAAGGAGAGAAAUGGACUGGAACGUGGACGAGGAUAAGAGCCCUGGUGUAAAUGUGCAAUGUGAUGAGGACCCAGGGUCUGAUCCUGACCUGGAAAUGGACCCAGAGCCGGAGUGGGUUCCUGGAGGCCGGCGCCUGUUCUCUGGUUUGCUAGGACUGAACGUCAUUAUGCUCGGCGCCGCCCUUGUGGCAGCUGAUGCCUUCUAUGCCAAUGGGCAGCUGCAACAGGGACGCCAGGUCUUCAUCCUGCUGCUGCUGCUACUCAGCGUGGCCUGGAUGCUCUGGUACCUGCUGUGGUCACGCAAGCGACCCGGCCGCACGCCCCACACCGACCACCACGCAGGGGGCAUCACCGUCACAGUCCUGGUGAUCUUCUCGGCCUUCAGCCUGUUCCUGCACAUCUUCAGGAUGGGUUACUUCAUCAUGAUGCGGGACUGCAAGCCGCUGGCCGAGGUCCUGGUCCCCUUUGCCGAGGCGCCCUUCCUGGCUCUGCAGACGUAUCUCCUUUGGGCUCACUCAAAGGACUGCAUCCACAAGCACAAGAUUCUCACCAGGUCCGGUCUGAUGUUCUUGCUCUCUACUAACAUCCUGCUGUGGCUGAAUGCGGUGACUGAGGACACUGUGCACAUGGAGAUCGAGCUGGAGCAAAACCAGGUCAUCGCCAAUGGCUCCCUGGCUGAGAACAGCACCGCGGAUCCCGGCGAAUCCCCUGAAUGUCAGUGCACCGAGCUCACGCCGUGCCAGGUGUUCCGCAAGGGCUUCGAGAUCCUAUACCCCUUCAACAUCGAGUUCUACCUGAUGGCGGGUUGCAUGAUCUACGUGAUGUGGAAGAACGUGGGCCGGCGUGUGGGCAAAGCCCCACACGAGCACCACCAACACCAUGACGUGAUGCGCAUCAUCCGGCAGGAGGGCAUCCUGCUGGGCCCACUGGCCGGCGUCCUAGUCCUCGUGAUGGGAGCCGUCGUCUUCAUCCUUUACCAGGUGUGGGUGAGUGACUCUCGCCGCGAAGACGCCUUCCUCGUCUUCUACGGCUACCACCUGGCCUUGAUUCCCGCCAUGUCGCUGUUCUCGCUGGCUGGCACGAUCACCUACCGCGUGGAGAGUAGGCUGCACGAAGCCAGCCACAACCCCACCAGAAGCCUGGACGUUCGCCUGCUGGUGGCAGCGGCUGUGGGCCAGCUAGCGCUCUCCUACUUCUCCCUUGUGGCCGCCAUGGCCAUUGGGUCCAGAGACCAUCUGGGGAGCCUAGACCUUUCGUACAACCUCUUCAGCCUGCUGGAGCUGCUCCUGCAGAACAUCUUCAUCAUUGAGGGGCUCCACCGUCACCCGAAUCUAAGCCGCACCAGGACGAAGGGAAGGCUGAAAAAGAAGGCAGCUGCUGAGACCCCAGCGGUGAAUGAACCUGGAGGAGACACUUUGUUAAAAAGUGGGCCUACAGCACCACCUGCAGGUGUGAAGGUGAACAACACCAACACGCGGACCAAGAGAGUGAUUCAAGAGAUUUGUGCAUUCCUCAUCUUGGGCAAUGUCAUGUUGUGGGUGAUCCCAGCCUUCGGCGCUCAUCCCCAAUUCGAGAACGGACUGGGGAAGCAGUUCUAUGGGUUCCAGGCCUGGUUUAUAUUUGUCAACCUGGGCCAGCCACUGGUGGUCUUCUACAGAAUGCACUCUGUAAGUGCGCUGAUGGAGCUGCUGAUUUUAAGCUGAACAGCAGGAGGCGAUAUAAGCCAUACUACUGCACUGGAGGAUGUGAAUAUUUUGGAUCUGUAGGAUGAAGCCCUGCUAUCCAGCCUAAGAUGCACAGGGAAGAAUAAAUAAGACUUUUUCUUAAGGGAGUCAAAUAACAUGGUCGAAAUAAAACAUUUGCAGUGACACAA